AUGACUGUAACAUAUAACAAAGCGAACAGUGUUGGGAUUCGAGGACAAACUUCAACAGGGGACAUUCGGUCAAUCUCUGCAUAUCUGGAAAACACAACAAAACAUACCGCAAAUGAUGACCGCGACGACGCCAUUGACAAUCGAAUGCGGAGUGUGAAGAGACGGUGUUCUUGUUCAACGCUGUAUGACAAACUACCAACCGAAACACGUGCAACAAUGCGGAUCGAAUCAAGGGCGUCUGACAACCGCCAGUUAAAACGUGGCGAACCUAUUAUCGUAUGUGCGGCGAUGUCGCCAGUUAAUUACAUUGGAAGUGGGCUUUUGGUAGAACCUCUAAAAAGCAUCCCAGUUAUUGGUUUAUUUAUAUCGGAUUACACACACAUGCCCGCGCGAUUUAAUGUGUCGAUCAUUUCUCUUGGUUAUUUGGGCACGGUAAGUCUUCCAUGUGUGGGUGUAGACAGCGCAUCAAUUACUGGAAACAACAGUGAACAUUUGGAAGUUGCUCUGUAUGGCCAUAUUAUUGAAUUGAAUCGCUUGUUAUCGAGUAUAGUAUACACAAGCACUGUAUACGACAUAGAUACAAGAGACACCAUUGAAAUUAGGUUUCUCAACUUUGAUCCAGUUCACAUAAGUGUCCACAUCAAGCGAUCACUAAUUCCAGAACGAUUUGAUCUUAUUUCAAAUGGAGAUUUAUCUCAGCAAGUUACCAUUAUUGUGAAAACUUUCGAACGCUAUGAAGGUGUUCUUCGAUUGAUAGACAGUGUGCAUAAAUUCUACCCAAAUAUGACUAUUAUUGUUGCAGAUGAUAACAGAAAGAUGAAGCAUAUAAACAGGGAAAACGUAAAGCAAUAUGGUAUGCCUUUUAAGUUGGGAAAUUUCCCAGGAAGAAAUGUGAUAUUAAGUCAAGUGCGCACUAAGUAUGUUGUAUAUGUAGACGAUGACAUGUUCUUUACAAACAAAACAAAAUUAGAAUUAAUGGUUGAUAAACUAGAGAAUCGCAGUUACCAUAGUGAUUUAGUUUCGGGAUCCUUAACCGGAUAUAGAAAUAAUACUGGACAAGCCCAUUUAAUGACAAUAGACUAUUCUGAUCAUGGAAUGUGUUACCGUGGAAUUGAACGUUCAAUUCCUCAUCCAUCUUUCCCGAACUGUCAGUGGACAGAGCUGUCACUAAAUUUCUUCAUGGCAAAAACGUCUACCCUCAGAAAAAUUUGGUUUGAUAACCGCGUACCGUUUAAUCGCGGUCAUAUUGAGUUUUGGUUGGACGCACUAGGUAGGACUCAAAGCAUUUUCUGUAAAGAUGUGUGGAUACACCACGAUUCUCAAACUGUCAAUAGUAAAUCAUACGACAACUAUAGGUGGAAACAUGGUUUAUACACAAAACACAUCAUGUUUCAGAAUAAUUUAUGUGAACUUAACUUAAAGUUGAAAAAGAGAACCACGGUUAAACAACAAUAG